AUGUAUUGGGCUAGCGGUAUCGCGAAAGCUUUAGUUGUUAUUCCCCCAGAUUAUAAUGAAUUCAACCCAGCUGAAGAACCCUCUAGUUCUGGUGAAACGAUAGAUCUUAAAAAUACAGACGCGUUAAAUACCAUCAUAAGACUAAGACGUAAUAAAACAGGAAAUUUAUUUGUCACUCUGACAAAAAAUUCUUUACAAUUAUGGAGCGUUAGGCCUACAGCUAUGAUAUCACAAGUGAUUCGAACUUCGAAAUCUGUUGAAGAGUAUGGAGAUAAUUGUGAUGUUUUUUGGAAACCUGACGGAACUCUUAUUUUGGUUCAAACAUCUCAAAAUUGCUUAUUUACUUAUUCGGUACUCACUUUUGAAGAUAAGAGUUAUAAAUAUCAGUUUGGUCAAGUAUCUCAUCAUUAUAUUACUGGAGCUGGAAUUGGUAUUGAAGAAUUUUUAAUAGUUACAACUAAAAAUCCUCCUGCUAUUCAAUGUAUUCCUUGGCAAGAUGGGCCGAAUGGAACAAAGACAAAUAUUUUGGCUCGUUUAGAAUUUUUGGAAGAUAAAAAAGCUGGAAUUUCAUCUAUUGUGUAUAAUCGUCGAAUAAAUAUUCAUGGUUGGAUAACUACUGAUGGAAAAGCUUAUGCUGUACAAUUUAAUGAACAUAGACCUUCGAUUGAAAAUAAUCAUAAAGCUCCACCAUUAUUUUGGACAGGAUUCUGUUUUCAUUCUAGUGGUGACCUUGAACCAGCAAAGGAUGUCAGAGCGACUUGUAUAGCUAUUAAUGCUAAAUUUUCUUUAUUGGCCGUAGGGACAGAAGGAAUUAUAAUGGAAGCAUUCAUCUUUCACAUAAGACCUGUCACAGCACUUGCGUGGACAUCUGAUGGACAUGCAAUUGCGGUUGGAUGGAAAAAUGAAGGAUUAGCCGUAUGGAGUGUUUACGGUAGACUAUUAAUGACAACUGUUAAAGAUGAUUGGCCUAUAUCAAAGCCAACUGCUCAAGAUUCAUUCUUACAUGGCGUGAAUGAUCUGUUUUGGAGUUCAGGAAAUUGCGAACUUUUCAUUUUGCAUACUGCAUGGACUGAAAAAGAAGUUCAAUUAUAUACUCUUCCAUUUGCUAAAUCUGCGGUAACGACGAUUCAUAGUCCAGACAAUGCAAAAAGAGGGUUUUUACAAAUGGAUGAUCGUUUAUUACUUUAUCGUGGAGGAGAUCAAGAAGAUCUUAGUGCAAUUAAUCCUGAUACUAUAGUUUGGCAACAUAUUCCUAUACCAAUUAUGUAUAUAAGUGAUAAUUGGCCAAUUAAGUAUGCAUCAAUAAGUAGUGAUGGUAGAUAUAUUGCUAUUGCUGGACGACGUGGUUUAGCACAUCACAAUGUUUCGUCCGGUCGAUGGAAACUUUUCGGCAAUCAACAACAGGAACAAGAAUUUGCUGUUCGAGGUGGAUUAUUGUGGUAUAAACAAACUUUAGUAGCUGCAUGUGAGAAUGUUCGAACUCAUACAUAUGAGAUACGAAUGUAUUCUCGUGAAACAAAUUUAGAUAACAUUCAUAUCAUACAAAAUAUUGCAAUACCAAGUACUAUAUUAUAUCUAAGUAUCAUGGAUAAUGCUUUAUUGGUAUAUUGUGGAGAUAAUAUGAUGUAUCAUUAUCUUAUAGUAACAUCAUCAUCAGAUGGUAGAGAUUCAGUUUUACUUGAGUUGUGUCAACAAAUUUCAUUUGUUGGUGUUAUUCAUGCUCCAGCUAGAGUUAGAUCUAUAUCAUGGUUUCAGCCAAGAUCACACAGACCUUUUACACCUGAAACUAUUCAAUCUGCUUCUAUUAUCUUUUUAAUUGAUGGUAAACUUGUGCUACUACAUCCAAAAAAAAGUGACGAAGGAGAAGUACAAUACGAUUUACAUAUUCUUGCUGAUAAGAUAGAAUUUUAUUGGAUGUCUACACGCGGAAUUGGAAGUUUAAAGAAUUCUUUAUGGGCAUGUGAUGGGCAAGGAGUAAAGAUAUGGAUGAAUAUUUGGUCGAAUGAGGAAAGUGCAAGAGAUUGGCAGAAUGAUGUUUUAUUAUCUGCUACUAAAGAAUGUUUACGUAUUUCGCUUGAGUUUUAUCCUUUAUCUGUUUUACUUGAUAAAGGAAUUAUUGUUGGUGUUCAACAACAAACAUCUAUUAGGCAAUCAUUAGAAUUCCCAGUAUUUAAACUAAUGACAAAUACACAUUUAUUUCUGCAACACAUACUUCGAUAUAUGCUGACUAAAGAACUUGAAGAAGAAUCAGUUGCAUUUGCAACGAGUUAUCAAAAAUUAGUUUAUUUUGGACAUGCAGUUGAAAUGUUAUUACAUCAUGUAUUAGAAGAUGAAGCAGAACAUGCAAUUGGAACUGCUCAAGGGGCAGUUUUACCGAAGGUAGUAAAAUUUUUAAAUAAUUUUCCACAUUCACUCGAUGCUAUUGUUGGAUGUGCACGUAAAACUGAAGUAGCACUAUGGGAUUAUCUAUUUUCUAUUGUUGGAAGUCCUAAAGAUUUGUUUGAGAGGUGCAUGUCUACUGGAUUGCUUAAAACAGCAACGUCAUAUUUAUUGGUUUUACAUACAUUAGAACCAAGUGCUGAUAGUAGCAAGGAUACAAUAAGACUAUUAUCUAAAGCUAUGAAAGCAAAAGAUUAUGAGUUAUGUAAAGAACUUGUAAGAUUUUUAAAUUCAAUAGAUGGAUCUGGAAGAACGUUAAAAGAAGCAGUAUUAACAAUUCAACAAAUUUUAAAUGAAAAUCUAGAAUCACCCACAUCAUGUAAUUUUAAUAACAAUAACAAUGUAAAUGGUAAUAUUGAUAAUGAAGUUUUUAAAACUCCGUAUAAUUUAUAG